AUGUUCAUUACAUGCGAAUGUCAACAUUUGAAGCAAGAGGUGAAGUGUAAUGCUUCCAAGACGAGCGAAGGAAACACCGGGAAGAGUCUGGAAUGUGACGAUGAGUGCGCAAGGCUUGCCAGAAAUCAUAAGCUGGCCCUAGCGCUCAACAUCGACCCAGAGGCCCAUAAGGACGACCACAUCCCGUACUCCAAUGACACUUUGAAGAUGUUCCGAGAGAAUGUCAAAUGGGGCCAGACGCAGGAAAGGGAAAUUAGAGUAUUUGCUGCAGAUGAGGCUGAAAAACGGCUACGCUUCAAGCCAAUGCCACCCCAUCAGCGAGCUUUCCUACACUCUCUUUCCGUCGACUUUGGUUUUGACAGCGAAAGUAUGGAUCCCGAACCACACCGCCACGUUGCUGUUUUCAAGACACCACGAUUCGUCAUGGCACCUAUGAAGACUCUCGCUGAGUCCGUCCGCAUUCGUAGCUCCGCAGAGGCUUCUAGCAAUCCCGUAGCAGAGACUCAAAGGAAGUUGCAAGCUAACAACGAAACUUACAAUGGGUUUUUGUUAAGUAAUCCGCGGUUUGGUCUUACGCUAGAAGAAUUGCGCGCAGACUGUGCUGCAAGCUUGGACUCAACGCCCGGCCUAUCAUACGACAUUUCAUUUCUACCAAGCGAAGAGAUUGUCAUCAAGGCUCGACCGGCCUCGUCUUCGACAGUCAUUCAGUCCUCCGCAAUUGAGGCCGCCAUCAAAGCGUUGAAAGCAUCGCUCUCAGCUUCCAUCUCCUCUAGGCAUCUUGCAACUUCGAUCCAACUUUGCUCACUGGACAACUCACUCAACAUCACACGACGAGAAAUGGAUGAUCCCGCCAACAACGGCGGAUGGAGCCAGGUGGCAGCCAAAGCCGCGGCACCUAGGACGGCGCCUAGGCAAACCGUCGUCGGAGAGAAGAGUGUAUACACAGUCCUGGGAAGCAAGCUCCGAGACGCAAAGAAAAAGAAAGAGGAGAUGAAGAAAGCAAAGGAGAGCGAAGUCGUCGUAGACGAUUGGGAGGAGGAGAUGAGGAAGCAAGAAGAGGCCGAAGAGCAAGCCGUGACUGACCCUCGGAGUCAUAAGGAUGUUCCGCAUGCUGGCUCAUGA